AGAUCCGAGAAGAGAAAUAUUUUUUAUGUUAUUUUAAUUAAUUUAUUAGAAAUGAAAGCUGCACAAGUAUUAAAUUAGUUAGUGAAAAAUUAAGUAACCACUAUGAAUUUGGGAGACCCGGACUUGGAGUUGAUAGACCCUACACCGAACGUACAUGCAUUGUUCAUCCAGUUUGAUAGGACAUUCUUUUGGGCUAAACUUGCAAGCAGAGCCGUUGUCCGUUGGAGUAAGCGGAUGUAUUCCUGCGCUGGUAUAUGCUCCUAUGAAGGUAGGGGAGGCCUCUGUGAUAUAGCUCUCAGCGAGCCUCUAUUGAAGCUACGCCCUCGCAAAGACCUAGUGGAGACAUUACUGCAUGAAAUGAUCCAUGCAUUCCUGUUCAUUACACAGCGGGACCAAGACCGGGACGGCCAUGGCCCAAACUUUAAAGAGCAUAUGUACAGGAUCAACAAGGCGGCUGGGAUCAAUAUCAGCAUUUAUCACGACUUUCACGAUGAGGUUAAAAUGUACCAGACUCAUUGGUGGCGUUGCAAUGGGCCCUGCCAGUUAAGAAGACCUUACUUCGGAAUUGUGCGGCGAACUACGAAUACCGCUCCCGGGCCCAGGGAACGGUGGUGGGAGCAGCAUCAGAGGACUUGUGGAGGUACAUUCAUUAAAAUCAAAGAGCCAGAAAAAAAGAACAAGAAAACGCCAAAAGCCCAACCUAAAGGUGAUAUUACUAAGUAUAUAACUAGUAAUAAAAAAACUACAACUGGGGAGUCAAAAAUUGUUCAAAUAACUGAUAUUAAGUCCAGCACACCUCAAGUGCCAACAAAAUCAAACAAUUCAAGCACAAUUGUGGUGACUCAGAAAGGUGUUAGGAAUCCUAUAAAUAAACCAGCAGUGAAGCCACCUUCCUUUGUUAUUGGAAAGUAUUAUACUAUUGGAGGCACUAGCACUAGAGUCCGAUCUAAUUCCGUUGAUGCUGCUGAAGCAGUCAGAAAUGUUUGGGCUAAAAAACAAUUGACGCCUAGUACUGGGUCAGCCAAUGCUGCUGAAACGGUCAGAAAUACUUGGGCUAAAAAACAAUUGACACCUGUUGCAGUUUCGCCCAUUGCUGCUGUUAAAGAAAAAAAUUACGAUCAUGUCCAAAACUCAACUACUCUAAAUGUUUUUCCUAAGACAACAUCAACUAAUAUGAACAAUAAUGAUUUCAAUAAAAAAGUAGCCAAACAUAAGACUCAAUGUGAACAUGUUGAUUCUCCGCCUGUAAAAGUAAAAAAGAUUGAUGAUUACUUCAAGAAGAAUGUGACGUCCUUGCUUAAAGAUAUUUAUGGUACCAAUAUUGAAGUUGUAGAAUCCAAUAAUAAUAACAAAUUGGUUGCUGUUAAUAGCACUAGUACCAGCAGCUCACACACUUUUCGAGUCGAUUGUCCUAUAUGCGGAUUAAAAAUAGAGGAACAAAAUAUAAACAGCCACUUAGAUGAAUGUUUAAAUAAAGAUUUAAUAUCAAAAAUCUGCAGUGGGAAUGAAACGGCAGCAACAUCUCUAGUUAAAACAGAGCCAGUUCCGUUAGAUAAUAAUAAGGACCUACUAAAUCCUACAGUGGGGUAUAAAGCUUCAAAACAAGUUUCAAAAGAAAUAUUAGCUACUUUACAAACGAUUCCACAUUACAAACCAAAACUAUUGCCUAAGCAAGAAUCUGAAAUUAAAAAGGAGAUGAAUAAAUUUGUUACCACAUUUAGGGGAACAUUCUGUAAUGAGACUGAAGUAAUUAAUGAACCAAAUAAUUUAGACGAUAAUAUAGACUGGAACGAUCAUUUGAAAUCGCAAAUACCAAAAAUAAAGCUAGAACCUAUAGAUCUGUAUAAAGCCGAGUCAGUUGUAAAGAAAGUUCAAUUUGAUAAACCUCUAAGGAAAUCUGAUAACGUUAUUGUACCAAAAGAGGAGAAAGGAGGAAGCGGUCAUCCCUUAAUAGUAGAAGAUGCCAAAGUCAAAUCACCUGUAGUAAAAAAAGAACCUGGAACUGGUACAGUAUCUGUUCUGACUGAGCAGAAUUGUCCAUGCUGUGGUAGUAAAGUCACUAAACCUAUGGAUGAACACUUGGACGAGUGUUUGGCAUUCUUCGCAACUGACACGGCACCUGAAAACAACGAAGCGUCUACGAGUUUCGCCAACCAGACUAUAGUGAUAGAUGACGACGAUGACGACUUGUUCGACGAGUCGCAGGUGUUCAACGCCACUGGAACCAAGUGGCCGUGCCCGUGUUGUAUGCAGAUGGUUGAAAAUGAUGAUAUGAAUGCGCAUUUAGAUAGCUGUUUGACUUAAAAUACUAAUUAUUAUUCAUUUAUCCAUACUGAUAUUAUAUAUGCGAAAGUCUGUCUGUCUGUCUGUCUGUGUGUUCCCUCUUCACGCUUAAACCGCUGAAUCGAUUUAGAUGAAAUUUGGCAUAGAGAUAGGUUGAGUCCCUGAGAAGGACAUAGGAUAGUUUUUAUCCCGAAAAUCAUCCCUUAAGAAAGUAAAAAGCGGGGUGGAAUUGAGAUAAUUAACGAAGUGCCUGCUAAUUUGUGUGCAUAAUAUGCUCAAAUUUAGAUUGCUAUGAGAUAUUUUCCAGGCGCUAUUCUUACUCUAGCUGCGGUUACUAAGUCCACGCAGACGAAGUAGCGGGCAAAAGCUAGUUACUAAUAAUUGUAACUUAUUAAGAGUCCCCGGCAAGCUCGGUUCUCCAUACAAACUGAAACUUUGUACUUACAAUAGGAUAAGGUAUGUCUAUGUCUGUCAUUAGUUUAUGUAGCUUCAGGUACCAUAGUUAAAAAAAUACAGCGAAUUUAAGUUUUUCGUACAAAACUUGUUUUUGCUCUAUUUCGUUUGUUUUAUAAACUGAAGCUAUAUAAACUAAUUACAGACCUACAUAUACGUCAUGUCAUUGUAUGUGCAAAGUUUCAUUUCAAUCCAACACGUACUUAGUUUUAAUAUGAGAACGAAACUCCGUUUGUAUGAGAAGGUGAAAUUCGGCCGAGCUUGCCGGGGAGUCUUAAUCGUAGUGAUAAUACUACACCUUAUAAAGAAAGUCACCCGACGCUACUAUCUGUUUGUAUGUAUGUAUGUUCGCAAUAAACUCAAAAACUACUGAACGGACUUUCAUGCGGGUUUCACCUGUCAAUAGAGUGAUUCCUGAGGGAGGGUAUAGUCGUAUAAUUUGUUAACGUUUUGUGUAACCCGUGCGAAACGGGGCGGGUCGCUAGUGUUUAAUAUUAAUUGUUAAAUUUGUGUGAUAUGAAGA